CAGCCAAAGCCAGCGGGAGGCCCGCCAAAGUCAAUGGAAGGCUGGGGGUCAGGACAGCCAAAGCCAGCGGGAGGCCCACCAAAGCCAAUGGAAGGCUGGGGCUCAGGACAGCCAAAGCCAGCGGGAGGCCCGCCAAAGUCAAUGGAAGGCUGGGGCUCAGGACAGCCAAAGCCAGCGGGAGGCCCGCCAAAGUCAAUGGAAGGCUGGGGCUCAGGACAGCCAACGCCAGCGGGAGGCCCAAAGUCCGUGGAAGGCUUGGGCUUAGGACCUUCGAAGCCGGCGGGAGGCCCGAAGUUGGAGGACGUGGGCUUAGGACAGCCCAAGCCAGGAGGCCCGCCAAAGUCCACGCCAAAGUCCACGCCAAAGUCCACGGAGGGUUGGGAGUCAGGCCCGCCAAAGUCCACGCCAAAGUCCAUGGAGGGUUGGGAGUCAGGCCCGCCAAAGUCAACGCCAAUGUCCAUGGAGGGUUGGGAGUCAGGCCCGCCAAAGUCCACACGAAAGUCCAUGGAGGGCUGGGAGUCAGGCCCGCCAAAGUCCACGCCACAGUCCAUGGAGGAUUGGGAGUCAGGCCCGCCAAAGUCCACGCCAAAGUCCAUGGAGGGUUGGGAGUCAGGCCCGCCAAAGUCCAUGCAGCUGGGCGCAGGACCGAAGCUAGGAGGCCCGCCAAAGCCCAUGCCAAAGUCCAUGCAGAGUUGGGAGUCAGGCCCGCCAAAGUCCACGCCAAAGUCCAUGGAGGGUUGGGAGUCAGGCCGGCCAAAGUCUCCGCCAAAGUCCAUGGAUGGCAUGAGCGCAGGAGCGGAGCCAGGCGCGCCAAAGUCCAUGCAGGGCUUGGGCGCAGGACCGAAGCCAGGAGGCGCGCCAAAGUCCAUGGAGGGCUUGAGCGCAGGACCGAAGCCAGGAGGCGCGCCAAAGUCCAUGGAGGGCUUGAGCGCAGGACCGAAGCCAGGAGGCGCGCCAAAGUCCAUGGAGGGCUUGAGCGCAGGACCGAAGCCAGGAGGCGCGCCAAAGUCCAUGGAGGGCUUGAGCGCAGGACCGAAGCCAGGAGGCGUGCCAAAGUCCAUGGAGGGCCUGGGCGCAGGACUGCCAAAGCCAGCGGCAGGCAAGGGCAUGCAGCUCGGAAAGCACGGCGGCACAGGCGAAGCUUCGCUUCAUCCCUAUGCCGGCCAGCCACUGAAUGAGGAGGGUGCGUCGUCCUCCUCGGGCAACUCACGAGGCCCCAUGUUCGGCAAGAGCGCGAAAGGCGGCAGCUUUCCUCACGGACAGCAGGAAGGCAAAGGUGCGGUGAAAGCUCCUGCCACUCUGGCGCCAGCGAAAGCUGCCACUGCGCCAGCGAAAGCUGCCACUGCGCCAGCCAAAGCUCAAGCUGGUGCUUGGAAGUCCAAGUGGGACGUUCAAAGCUCAGCGAGCACAGCAGAGGAGGUGCCUGAGGAGGAUGCAAGCGGUCCGAGGUGGAAGAAGUGGAAAGCGCAGGAGAACGAGGAUUGGGAUGAGUGGAAUACUCAGCAACAAAAGUCAUGGAAGAGCUGGGACAAAGGCGACUGGCAUGGCUGGAAAGAGAAGGACGACAGGAAAGAGAAGGACGACUGGAAAGAGAAGGACGACUGGAAGAAGCAGGACGACUGGAAGGAGGAGGGCGCUUUGGACCUCGCGAAGGCGGCGACGAGGCCACUAGCGGAAGGACACUUCUUGGUGCACUUGUCCCGAGGCUACGAGCAGGAGAAGUGGGGCUUCCUUUGGGAGACUCAGGAGAUUGGACGCAGCGGCCGGCGGAUCUUGCGGGAGUCGGAGGCUCCACCUGGUAGCCCGCUGGAGAAGUGGAACCGGAAGAAUCCCCAGAGCGCGCCGCUACAGGGCGAUGAGCUGAUGCAGGUGAACAGCUCAGGGACAUCGAGCGAGCGGAUUGCCGCAGAGCUCAAGACCUUCAACGCGGUGUGCGAGUUCAAGCGACAGGCGAAGCCUGCGGCACCGAAGCACAUGCCGCAAAAUGCCCCCGCCUUUGCGGGCAAGGCCAUGAGUGUGUUCAACUCGCAAGGCGCUGAAGCCUCCAAAGCUACGAGGCCCGCCGAGCCGCACAGAGGCCAAGGUGUGCCGGAGCCGGCAGCGCCUCCCUCCUUUCGGGGGAAGCUGGGUGCGCCGGCGCCGGCGAGGCCAGCGCUUGCGCAUGGCGGUGAGAAUCCAAGGGCCAAGCAGAUGCCCAUAGGCAAGGUGCAGGCAGCUCCACCCAAAUAUGGCGAGGAGAGGUUGGAGGGAAGGCCAGCGCCAAAAGUGCAAAGCGUUUCGCGCUUUGAGCCGGCGAAGCACGGAGGCCACUUCCCACCGAAGCGGAAAGCCGAAGAGGAGGGCUUCCAACCCUUUAAGUUCGCCAGGCACGAUGGCAGAACUUCAGGUGCAAUUGGUGCGAUGGAGGUGCAGGCUCACGUAGAGCAGGAUGAUCUCGGAGGCACCACGGCAAAGAGCCGCCCGACCCCGAAGCCACCCAGGCGAUUCGACGGCAGAUGACAAGCAAGCCGGCCACAGGAGAUUUCCUGAAGAAGUUGCGACGUUUGGAGGUGCUGGCCAAGACGAGCGCGGAUCCGGUGAGUCGCGGCGAGGUUUCCGGCACCGGAAGGUUGCGGCGAGGCAAAGAAACCUUGCCAGGGGCGUGGAGUGGGUCCCUUAGGCUAAGCAAACAGCAUAGGGCACUCUAGGAGUGCGCAAAGAGGCGGAACUUUCAUCUUGACUGGCCAGUGGAUUGAUACGCUGGCGCACUUAGUCUGCCUAGGUGUUCUUUGAGAGGGGUUGAAUGAAGCUGUGAAUCCCCUCAACUUUUCGCGCCGGCAAACCUGUGGGAGCGUGCCGCGCGCAGAGAUGGAGAAGCGACGAGAG